AUGAAGCAUUUUAAGAAAUGGAUUUCUUGGUUAAUUCCUUUGUUUGUGAUUGCCAAUGUCAUUGUGUUCAUCAUCACCAUGUAUGUCAAUGAUUGUCCUAAUAACUCGGUUUCGUGCAUUGCGCGGAUAUUCGGUCGAUUCUCCUUUCAACCUUUUCAUGAGAAUCCUCUUCUUGGACCUUCAUUGUUAACGUUAAGGAGUAUGGGAGCAUUGGAUGUGGAUAAAGUGGUUAACAAGCAUCAAGGUUGGCGCCUAAUCACUUGUAUGUGGUUACAUGGUGGAGUAUUCCAUAUAUUGGCAAAUAUGUUUGGCAUUCUACUUAUUGGAAUUCGGCUUGAGCAAGAUUUUGGGUUUGUGCUUAUUGGAUUACUAUAUUUAAUAUCUGGAUUUGGAGGAAGCUUGCUUUCUGCUCUUUUCAUUCAGAAAAGUCUCAUCUCAGUUGGUGCUUCAAGUGCUCUUUUUGGCUUACUAGGAGGCAUGCUUUCAGAACUCAUUACUAAUUGGUCUAUUUAUGAUAAAAGGCUAGGAGCGCUCUUAACCCUUGUGUCUAUUAUUGUCAUCAAUCUAGCAGUUGGAAUUUUCCCACAUGUUGACAACUUUGCUCAUAUUGGAGGGUUUCUUUCAGGAUUUCUUCUUGGAUUUGUGUUUUUGAUCCGUCCUCAGUUUGGAUGGAUUAAGCAAAGAUAUGCUACUUCAUCAUAUUCUCCUGCAUUAGUUAAAUCUAAAUUCAAGAUUUAUCAGUGUAUCUCUUGGUUCCUAGCCCUUAUCCUGUUAAUUGUUGGGUUUACUGUUGGUCUGGUUGCACUUCUAAAUGGUGUUGAUGCAAAUGAUCACUGCUCCUGGUGCCAUUAUUUGUCUUGUAUCCCAACUUCAAAAUGGAGCUGCAAUCCGAAGAAUAUAUCUUGCUUGACUGGCCAGAUUGGCAACCAGCUGAAUGUGACAUGCUCAAGCAAUGGAAAAUCCAUUUUAUACUAUAUGCAAAAUCCAACCAGUUCCAAGAUCAGUGAAUUGUGUUAUCAGAUUUGUAGUUAA